CGCUUGGGUUCUGUUGACUCGCUCUGGAUUUUUGGUGUUUGUUGAAUUAUCGGAGGGAUUGAGUGCGUGAGGGAUAUUUAUUCAGUUGUUUUCGGUGGGGGCUCGAUUGGAGAACUGGAAUUGAGGAUUCCGAAGUGAUACAGUGUUUGUGAAAUAACGGGGGAGUUCAACAAAAUUCGUAGUGGACUUGGUUGCGUCGACUAGUUGGAUUGAAGGAUUCAUAAGUGCUCAUCCAGUGAACACAUCUAUAUAAUUUUAAUUCCUCCUGGAGGCAGAGCCACUCAUCUGCCCGAGAAAAAAAACUAUCAGAGGAGAGUGGCGUCAGCAUUAAAAACUUGACGCGAGAGAGCAGCCGAAAAAUGCUUUUGGGAGGAUCGCGGACGGUUAUAGUCAGCCAAUCGUACGGCGCGAACGCCCAGUGCUGAGGCUCCAUUGGAUUGACGUCAACCCUCACCUCCUGAGAAGGCUGAAACGAAAGGUCUCGGCGGAUAAUAUGCUGGCCUCCGUUUUUUGUCCAAGUGUUGGCGCAGCACUGGGGGAAGGUUGGCGAGGAUUCGACGAAGAAUUGUGUAUCUAGGACUGGAGUAACGAGUGAUUAAUGCUUGUGAGUGGAGACCGUGCUUUGGUCAGUCCGUCAGAACGUGAAGAUCGGCACGCCAGAGUUGGACCGAGGUCAACCGCGGGAAAAAGAAGAGUGAAAAAUGGAUAAAAGUAUGUUGAAACCACUGGGAAGAAUCGCAUCCAUUAUCCAUCGAUUUAUCGAGUUCAUAGCGCGAUGGUUAUUCCUCGCGGCAGCGGAAAUCACCGGCAAACCGGAAGUCAUGCCGCCGAUAAAUAAUAAUAUUACGAUGCACAAUACACAAGCAUUGGCCAUGAUGAUACGUCAGAAAAAAUUAAAAUGUGUGGACGUGAUGAACGCUUACAUCGAGAGGAUCGAAACAGUUCAACCGAUACUGAAUUGUGUAGCUGAGGACAGGUUCAAAGAGGCGCUGGAAGAGGCCAAAGAGUGCGAUAAAUUAUUGAAUUCCCCAGACGCUCCGUCUGUAGAAGAGCUAGAGAAAAAUAAACCAUUUUUCGGAGUCCCCUUCACAACGAAGGAUUGCAUCGGUGUUAAAAAUAUGAAGCAAACCGCUGGAUUACUCUCUAGGAGAAAUACUCGGUCUGAACGUGACGCCGAGGCAAUUUCCUUGAUGAAGAAAGCUGGAGCUAUUGUUAUUGCUACGACCAAUGUUUCAGAGCUUGCAAUGUGGUGGGAAUCGAGUAAUUUGGUUUAUGGAACUACUAGGAAUCCUUAUAACACAUGGCAUAUUGUUGGAGGAUCCUCUGGAGGCGAGGGCUGCAUUCAGGCAGCAGCAGGUGUCCCGUUUGGCAUUGGCUCUGACAUCGGUGGCUCCAUCAGAAUGCCCUGUUUUUUCAACGGAAUAUUCGGCCACAAACCGACCAAAGGAGUUGUCUCGAAUGAUGGGCAGUAUCCCAGCGCCCAAACUGAUGAGCAAAAGGAUUUAUUAGCCAUUGGACCCAUGUGUCGUUUUGCCACUGACCUGAAACCAAUCCUGAAGAUAUUGGCUGGCGAAAAUGCCGAGAAAUUGGAUCUCAAUGCUAAAGUUGAUCUCUCAAAACUCAAAUUCUACUACAUGGAAGAUGAUGGCGGUCAAUUCCUGGUGUCACCAGUCUCGAAGGACAUCAAAUUGGCAAUGUCUAAACUGCUCUAUACCCUGGAAAUAGCCCACAAUGUCAAAGCCGAGAAAAUAAAGAUUAAGAAAUUCAAGAAGGGUCUAGCGCUGUGGUUCGCAAAUAUGACAUCACCAGAGGGCAAGGACUUCGCCUGGGAAUUGUCCAACAGGAAAGGACGCCUCAGUAUUUGGUGGGAAUUUGUCAAGUGGUUGACGCGCACUGGUUCCCACACGUUCGUUGCUAUAUCUACGGCAGCUUUUGAGGGGUUGAGCAUGAGAUUUAAUGAUACGAAGAGAGCGCAACUCCUGGAAGAGAGUAAAGAUCUUAGGAGAGAGUUUUCGGAUUUACUGGGUACAAAUGGAGUAUUCCUCUACCCAACACACCCAACCCCAGCUGCAUUCCACCACGAGCCCCUCCUGAAACCCUUCAACUUCGCCUACACAGCAAUUAUCAAUGUCCUUGGAUUUCCAGCAACUGCCUGUCCCCUGGGAUUCAGCAAUGGCCUACCAAUUGGCAUUCAGGUUGUAGCUGGCCUCUAUCAGGACCACCUGAGCCUGGCUGUCGCCGAGGAGAUCGAACGUGCCUUUGGUGGUUGGCAAAUGCCACCAGUUAAACCAUGAUAGCACAAUUACAGUUAUUUACAAAUUGUGUGUGACUCAUUCCAAACUUAUCCAUGUCUUCGUGAUAAUUUGUGAGACGCUUUCUGCCGGGGGGAGAGAAACUUUGCCACCUGUCUAACUUAUCAUGUUCGUGAUGAUAAAUAUUUUUUUUACCAUUUAUUUCGAUAAAUUUAUCUAGAUUCUACUAUUUCUAAAAAUUCAUUGUUGAAGUAUUUAUAAAAUUUAUACUGUUUGUUGUGUGAAGUGUCAAUUUGCCGAUGUGAAAAUACAAUUUUUAUAUCUAUUA